AUGGCGCCUCCACCUUCAAACGCGGCCAAGGUCGACGAAGCCCAAAAGUUGGCCAAAUCCGACCCAGCGAAGGCAGAGAGUGUCUACAAGGAGGUGCUCGCACAGUCUCCAGGUUCGGACCAGGCUGCUUUACAAGUCUAUGAAAAUGCCCUGGUAGGCCUUGGGGAGCUGUACAGAGACAGCAAACGGUCAGAUGAUCUGUCAGAGCUGGUCAAAACGAGCAGGUCGACCCUCUCUUCGUUCGCCAAAGCGAAAACAGCGAAGCUUGUCCGGCAAUUACUUGAUUUCUUCUCGGACAUUCCCAACACCAUCGAGAUCCAAAUCACUACCACUAAAUCGUGCAUCGAUUGGGCCAAUUCCGAAAAGCGAUCCUUCCUUCGUCAGAACCUAGAGACAAGACUGGUUGGGCUCUACAUGCAGAAGCAAUCAUACUAUGAUGCCCUCACACUGAUUAACGGUCUGUUGCGAGAGCUAAAGCGACUGGACGACAAGCUAGUGCUUGUGGAGGUGCAGUUGCUCGAAUCUCGGGUUUACCAUGCUCUCACCAACCAGGCCAAAGCACGGGCUGCCUUGACUUCAGCACGGACAUCUGCUGCCUCGGUCUAUACUCCUCCUCUCCUGCAGGCUGGGUUGGACAUGCAAAGCGGUAUGCUGCACGCCGAAGACAAAGACUUCAACACAGCAUAUUCUUACUUCAUCGAGGCUCUGGAAGGUUAUCAUGCUCAAGACGACACUGUCCGGGCAACGUCGGCAUUACAAUAUAUGCUCCUGUGCAAAAUCAUGUUAAAUCUGGUCGAUGAUGUCAAUAAUCUCCUGUCAUCAAAGCAAGCGCAAAAAUAUGCCAGUACAAGUCUGGAGGCGAUGAAAGCCGUGGCAAGGGCCCAUUCGAACCGAUCGCUAGAGGAGUACGAGCAAGCCUUAUCUAACUAUCGUUACGAGCUGGGCAGUGAUGUCUUCAUCCGCAAUCACUUGCGGCGGCUAUACGAUGCCAUGCUGGAACAGAAUCUAAUCAAGGUCAUUGAACCUUUCAGCCGGGUUGAGAUUGAGCACAUCGCGAAAAUGGUGGGGCUCGACACCCAACAAGUGGAGAGGAAGCUAUCUCAGAUGAUUCUCGACAAAGUCAUUAUUGGGGUUUUGGAUCAAGGAGAAGGUUGCCUGAUUGUCUACGACGAAGUUGAGCGGGAUACUGGUUAUGACGCGGCUCUAGAGACGAUCGAGAAGCUCAGCAAUGUGGUUGAUGUGCUGUACACAAACCAAGCCGCAUUGCUGGAAUAG